UGUUUUGAUUUUGGUGUGUGAAUUAUCCACAAGUCAUUUUGUCCGAAGUUUAAUCUUAAAAUCGCAAUUUUUCUUUCAAACAACCUUUCUAAAACGAAAGAUAUUUCAAAAAGUACAAGUACGAAUCUCGCGUUGAACCAGUGUUCGCAACAAAAUGCCGUUUGUCUAUCUUGGUGUCUAUCUACCGUUCAGAUCGUAUCAGAAAAUUAAGGUGGACAAUUUUGACCUGGACAGCAAAACGGGUCAACUACGCGAACAGGCCAGCAAGGCAAUAAGCGAUUUCAGUAGUGACGAUUUCGAUUUGAUUUAUUGUGGUGAUCUGCUUCACGAUGACGAUGUUCUUAAAGACAAAGGAGUGGAAAAUGGUUCCAUGAUUCAUCUCAUUCAAAGAAAAUCGGAGUCUCCCGUUCCGCAAGAAGUUCACAGUUUUACCGAAGCGGAUGUGCAGGAAACAUUGGGAUUAUGGCGAACAGUGGAUUCAUCCAACUUUCAGAAAGUUCGUCACCCAGAAUUUAUGAAGAAUGCUCUCGAUGCAAACCCAGCGAUCCGCAAGGAUUUGUGGGCCUUGUCCAUUCUCAAGGAUCCUAUUCUUCUGUCGUCCAUGCAACAACCUGAAACUAUUCGUCGCGUAGCAGAAAAGCAUUACAUCUUGAUCGAAGCAUCGCGUUCGAUUGUUCAAUUGCUCAAUUCGAAGAUGAUUUCAAAAUCGACGACUUUUUCUCCAACUAUUGAAAGCGCCUUGGACGAUGCCCUGUCGGAUUCCUCAUCCAGUGACGAUAACACUUCGCCGACUACAUCAACUGGAACCCGUUCCGCUCGGCGGAUCACUGCAGACCAGCUGGCUUCCGCGCUGGCCAUUGCCGGGUCAUCGUCGUACAAUUCUCUUUCGAAUAUCUCCCAAAGGGAUGCUGACAAUCGCCAGGACGGCACCACCGAUCAAACAAAUCAACCGUCUACAUCCGGCAGUGCCCCGGCUUCGAACCGAAUCACAUCGUCCAUGUUCAUGAAUGCCCUGUCGGAUGUGAUCCAAUCACACAGACGUCAAUCCCAGAGCGCCAAUGCAAACGAGCCGGAACCGAUGGACACAUCGUCGCCUUCCACUGCUGGUGGUGGUUCGGCAGCUCCCGUGGACAACGACGUCGGUGCGCAGGCACAAUCGCAGCAUUCGACGCUGGAGGCCAGCCUCAGUCAGUAUCGUGCCGAACUGGACCAAAUGAGAGAAAUGGGACUGACCGACACGGAGACGAAUCUGCAGGCGUUGAUUGUGUGCAAUGGUAAUGUAGAAGCCGCUGUUAAUCUAGUAUUUAGCGGAAUGGCAAAUUAAACUUUUUUGAUUUUGAUUUCCAAUGUGCUAAUGGUGUAAUAAUAUGUCUUAAUUAUUUGAUUAAAAUAUUUAAUCACUAA